AUGGCGACCGGCUUGGAAGCCCUCGGGGCUGCCAGCGCUGUUGUUCAGUUGAUCGCUUUUGCCGGUAGCCUCGUGUCCCUCAGCUUCAAAAUUUACGAUGGAAUACCUACGACCGAGAACGAGCUUGAGGAGUACUCGAACAAGAUGAUGGAGGCGGCCCGUGGCGUUCAGUCUCGUGGCGCCGUAGUGCCCCAGGGAACCCAGGUUACCGACAAACUAUCCAAUGUCUCCCAGGAGUGCAUCGACACAGCGUCAAAGCUGAAAAAAGAGGCUCAAACACUUACCAAACGGUACAAAAAUGGAAAAGGCAAAAUUUACAAGGCUGUUUAUUCUGCUUUCCGCACAGAGAGUCAUAAAGUCAAGCUCAAUCAGUUGAAUGAAUCCUUGAAGAAGUGCAGGGAAUUGAUGGAAACGGAGCUUUUAUUGAAGAUAUGCGACCAGGACACUGCGAUAGCACAACAGCAGUCCCAAGGAUUCCGAAGUUUAGAGGUUGAUGUCCAGAACCUCAUUCUCAAGAUCGCGAAAGGCUAUACCAAGGUAGAGCAACUGGUUUCCAUCGAAGCCCAAGCCACACGGGAUGUCAUCACCACCCACGUCACCUCCGAGCUCAAGGCUUUGGAGAUAAAGAACAUUUCAGACAGCCAGCGUCAACGACUAUUGAAAAGCCUCAAACCAGAGGAAAUUAGAGAGAGAUAUAACGCUGUGCUGCCGUCAUCGGAUGCCUGUUUCGAGAGGGUUUUCGCAUCAUAUGAGCGUGUUUGCCGCCAAGACAGCAGUUAUAAAGCCUGGGACAGAACCAACCCAAUAAUGAGUUAUGGAAAAGGAAUUACGAGUCACCAAGUUGACGAGAUUGACCUCAUAUGGGACGGUUUCCGUACCUGGCUGCAGUCAGAUGACAAGCUAUUUUGGAUACGAGGAAAGCCAGGAUCUGGGAAAAGCACUCUGAUCAAAUUCGUUAUCAACAACGACAACACAAAGCGUUUACUUAGUUCUUGGCGCCCAAAUACUAAAAUUCUGUCGCAUUUCUUCUGGAAGAUCGGCAGUGAACCUCAGAACAGCAUCAAAGGCAUGUUAUGUUCCUUGCUUUACGACCUUCUAUCAGAAGAUGAUGAUGCCAUCGACAAAGUAUUGAAAGAGUUCAAGUUCUCCGAAUCGAAGGACUUUUACAAGGAGUGGUCGUAUCAAGAAGUGGAGAAAGUCCUCUGGUAUCUUUUAGAUGCUUCAGCUCACCCAAACUGCAUUUUUGUCGAUGGUCUUGACGAGAUAUCGGACAAGGAUGGGUACCAGGCACUCCUUAAUGUGGUUCAAAGACUUACGACAUGUCGGGGAGUAAAGAUCUGCGUAUCUAGUCGACCCGAGACAGAGUUAGUCAGAGGGCUCGAAAAAAAUGGAGUGCCGAAUCUACGACUAGACGACCUAACCAAACCUGAGAUGGCCGUCUAUUUACAGAAAGAAUUCCAGAGAUUGCCGAAAGAACACUCCGCUUACUUGCAUUUUGAGUACUUCACAAAGACCCUUUUGGAAAAAGCGCAAGGGGUCUUCCUCUGGCUUACUCUUGCUACGAACAGCGUAACCAAUGGAAUCAUGAAUGGCGAUGAUAAGAAAACCCUUUCCCAAAGGCUCGAAGAACUCCCAGAGGAGCUUGAAUCUCUUUACCAGACGAUGUGGGAUAGACUAAAUGGGAAUAGUCGAGUAUACCGUGAAACAGCCGCGAGAUACUUCCGCUUUGUCCUCACUGACGGUUGGGAUAGAAGUCUGGGAAAGAAUGGACACUAUUGCUCCAUGAGAGAACCCAAUCUGGUUCAACUAUCACUGGCAAUGAAGUUUGAAGACCGCUUCAUCUUCCCACCCCAGACCAAUGAGAAGACACUGUCUGAAUUGCAUGAUCUGUGCAAUGCGACAGAGCGUGAUGUCCAAAUCAGAUGCGCUGGGAUGCUACAAGUUGAUCGAAAGUCUGGCUUUACCGAAGACAAAUACGAAAUGGAGCUCCCGAAAGCAAUCUAUCCACUCACACGGCCGGUCCACUUCAUUCACCGCACAGCUCAUGACUUCUUGGUCGAUACAGAAGCUGGCCAGUCCAUUGUGAAUUACAAGACAAAUGAGACAAAACCUUUGGAUACAGACCUAAAGCUGGUAAAGUCCUGGCUCAAUCUCGUUAAUACGUUCUACCGUGAGUUUGAUAUUGCGUCCAAUGUUACUCGCGCUCUUUUUGAUUGCUCUCGGCUGAAUAGCAAGGGGGUGAAUCCUGAACAGACACUGGAGAUACUUGGAACAAUCAAGAGCCUUUACGAAAAUGGUGCUCUGGAUUUAUACGAUUGGUCAUGGCGCCCUAAUCGACCCUUUCAAUCUGUCGCAGCAAUAUAUCUUGUUGGUUUCGACGAUUUUGUCAUUUCUUCUCUUACGCCGACCUCCUCGCCGGAGCUUACUACCAACAGCCUUUACGAGCUGGCACUGACAACUCAAAUCUUCACAUACGGGGAAAUACCGGUCAGGAUAAUUCGAAGACUGAUUGAACUUGGGGGGGAGGCACAUAUCGCCAAAAGAUGCGAUUUAUCGUUUGAGCUGCCAGUGAGCGGAAUGGCUGUAACCCAGCACACCACAGCCUUCGAGUCGCUUCUCCAUGGUGCACUAGCAUGGGACCUGGCGACGGCUUACAAAUAUAGAAGAACAAGGUCGUUUCUUGAUGUGAUUGAGAUUCUAUCACAGACCUGCCCAGACUUGCAUAGAAGGGCCAUAGUGUUUCUUGUGAAGCACGGGGAGAUUUUAUCUCAUAGGGUUCAUCCUUUGCGACCAUUUUGUGACGUGAAGGCCUGGGUUACGUUGGAGGUCGAUUUACAAUUUCUGGUAAACCGACUGCUGAAUGCAGCCGACUUGCAAAAGAUUCCAGCCGAGUCGAAUAAUAGGAUCCACGAACUUGCUGCUUCGUUCACCAAGCCAUAUGCACGUGUUAGAAACAUUAUCCGCUGGCAAGAAGAAGAAGGCAAGGCUCAUUGCUAUCGAGUUCUCCAUCAGGCACCAUUAAUGCAAAUCAUUGACAGGUUUGGGCUUGAAGCCGAUUAUUUUGAAUCCUUUGAAGGCGUUAUGAAAGCCAUAGAUCGUCCUAGCGAUGGCUCUACCAAUCCAGGGUCCCGUUUUCCAUUGGAUUGUUUCGAAGAGGUGCCUAUCGAGGAAGAGAUGGAUGUGCUAAUAAAAGAGGGUAUAGGGCUACACAGAGAGGAGGAUUUCAGAUUGGUUAAUAUCGUUCCUCCGUUAGAGCCCGUAAGACUGCCAGCAGGUUCCCAAGAUGCAUUAUCUAUAGGGCUAAUGAAGGCUUCUCUAGUACCUAAACCCUCUCAUUCUUACUGA